AUGCGCAACUUCCUUUCCAUCCUCGCCGUCGCCGCUGCCGCGACUCAGCUCGUGGCCGCGCAGGCCCUUCCUCAGGGACAGCAGGGUCAGGGUCAGGUUCAGCAUGGAUGGGACUGUGCGCUAAAUACCCUCCUCUCCAACACCCACGCUGCAGGCUGCAAGUCCGGCGACCUGGGCUGCCUCUGCGCCGACCACGUGCGCCGCGCCGUGCUGCGCGAUGUCGAGAAGAACUGCAAUGAGCGCGAUCAGAAGAUUGUUCCCUUCUCACGGGCUCAUGCCAUUGCCAAGCACGCCUGUGACCUGCGCGACGACCUAGACGAUGUCGAUGAUCAUGAUGACCAUGACGAUCACGACUACCAGCACGACCACAACAAG